AUGAGGGCAGUGUGCGACUCUGGCUCUGCUACGGAUAACUCCUUAAUGGAGUUCCAAGAAGGUAUAGCAGGGCCUACAGUGGCUCCUACAGUAAUGGCUACACUUGUCUGUCAAGCAGAUCAGCAAUGGUAUUACACCGAUGGAACGACGACGAAGGCAAUCACCGAUGUUUAUUGCUUCACGACAAAGGAUUCCGAGCAAACCUGCGCUACGUGUGAUGCAAGUGCUGUUACAUUCCACCCGGCCUCUGGUGAAUACACCACAGACGCAAUAAGCGAGUGA